UCAUAUUUGACUUGACAUCAUAAAGCAACUGAGACUAUCAUCCUGGUUUAUUCAUAAAAAAAUUCCGGCAUUUAUCACGAAAGCUGGGAAUGCAAAAGAGAGUAAGUGCAUUCAGCAAAGCAGGAAGUGUAUAUGUUUUGUAUGUAGUUUUGUAGCUAUAAUGUUAAUAAAUUCUGUUGGAAGGUCAGAACAUUUCGGCAGACAGAUGUUACCAGCUGGGAAGGAAGACGCCGUUAAUCUGGUAUUAUCGCCUAGGAUAUCGCUGUGAUUUUUAUUAGACUUUUUUAUGUAUAGCCCCAAAUAAUUUGCGGCCACAUCAUGAGCAAUAUGAAGGACAAACCGACUAUUCGUCAACAGAGCUCGGAAAAUAACUCUGUCAGCAGUAGUGAAUGGGAUAUGGCAAAUGAUGUGUUUGUGUCUAGCUACGAUGACAAUCCGAUGGGAGACAGUGUUGAUGCGGUGAACAGGGACCCAGUGCAGCACGGCUUGGACAGACAUCUGCCUCUGUUAAGGGGGGACUCUCAUUUGUCCCAGGAUGGCAUGAUGUUGGGCCUGGCUGGGGAGGAAUAUUCUGGCUCAUCCUAUCUGGACAUUGUUCCAAACUACACCGAAAGCGAUGGAAAUGUCACAACCAAGAAGCGCAUACGGUCCAAUAGCUCCAGGCACCGCGGUGAUAUCGUUACGGAGCUGGGACCAGAGGAGGUCCGGUGGUUUUACAAAGAGGAUAAGCGGACAUGGAAGCCAUUCGUCGGACACGACUCUUUAAAAAUCGAGACUGUCUAUCGCAGAUUCUGCGAACAGAAUCCUCAUGGGAUCAAACGCCCCGCCGAUCCAGCUGAGGCCGACGGACAAGAGACGGUCAGGUCCGGCGAGGUCCAGUCCGAAAGCUUGGCCGUUGACACAGGAACUGUCCGGGCCGAGCCGGCGGUACAGAGGGACGGGGGGCUGCGGCGCUCAUUGUCAGAAGGGAUUAAAAACUCGGAUAUCAAUGUCAGCGUGGAGGCAGUGUGUGUCAGAGGAGGGCUGUAUGAAGUGGAUGUCAGGGAGAAGGAGUGCUACCCUGUUUACUGGAACCAACAAGACCGUAUUCCUGUCAUGAGGGGUCAGUGGUUCAUUGAUGGAACGUGGCUUCCCUUGGAGGAAGAUGAAAGUGACCAAAUAGAGCUUGAGCACCUGGCCUGUUUCCGGGGGCAACAGAUGAGGGAUACCUACGAGAUAGAGGCGAUGAUCACAACAGUAGACUGCAAGGAUGCCAUCCACAGUCUGAAGCUGAGUAGGAGUCAUGUGGACUGGCACAAUGUGGACGAGGUGUACCUAUAUAGUGACGCCACCACCUCCAAGAUCGCACGUACUGUGACUCAGAAACUGGGCUUCUCAAAAGCCUCCAGCAGUGGGACACGCCUCCAUCGGGGAUAUGUUGAGGAGGCCGCACCUGAAGAUACUCCACCUGAAACCACACAUAUUGUCUUUGUGGUGCAUGGCAUCGGCCAGAAGAUGGACCAGGGUCGCAUCAUCAGGAAUACCAGCAUGAUGAGAGAUGCUGCCAGAAAGAUGGAAGAGAAGCACUUCUCUGAUCGGACAACAGAGCAUGUAGAGUUUCUUCCAGUGGAGUGGAGGUCUAAACUGUGUCUGGAUGGAGACACAGUGGACUCCAUCACUCCAGACAAAGUGCGUGGUCUCAGAGAUAUGCUGAACAGCAGUGCCAUGGACAUCAUGUACUAUACAAGUCCUCUGUACAGAGAUGAGAUUACUAGGGGUUUAACACUGGAGCUGAAUCGACUGUACUCACUCUUCUGCUCGCGAAAUCCAGACUUUGAGAAAAGUGGGAAGGUGUCCAUAGUGUCGCACUCGCUGGGCUGUGUCAUCACCUUUGAUAUCAUGACAGGCUGGGACCCCGUGCGUUUUCAUCAUCAAGAAGCGCCAGACCCAGAGAAGACAAAGGUCCGCUGGCCAAGUGAUGAGGAGCGCCACCUUCAGGAGCAGCUGAGGCUCACUCACCUCAGGUUGAGGGACUUGGAGGAUCAGUUCCAGGGUCUGCAGACCUCAUCUUGUGUUGCAGUGCCAGCCUUGAAAUUUAAGGUAGAAAAUUUCUUCUGCAUGGGCUCUCCUCUGGCUGUGUUCUUGGCAUUGCGAGGAAUUCGGCCUGGAAACAACGGUAUACAGGACCACAUCCUACCCACGCCAAUCUGCAAACGCCUCUUCAACAUAUUCCAUCCCACAGACCCCGUGGCAUACAGAUUGGAACCUCUUAUCUUAAAGCAUUACAGUAACAUUGCACCUGUUCAAAUCCACUGGUACAACACCACCAGCCCAACACCCUAUGACCUGAUACGGCCCACUCUGCUCAAUCCUCCGAAGGAGACCGCGUCUGUCUCAGACUCCGAGAGCAUCCCUAGCCCCUGCACAUCCCCACCCCAGGCCCGGCGGCACUAUGGGGAGUCCAUCACCAGCUUGGGCAAGGCCAGCAUCAUGGGUGCUGCGAGCCUCGGAAAAGGAAUCGGCGGAAUCUUGUUUUCCCGCUUUUCCCGUUCCAGUGGCCAAGUGGGCGGAGUGGAGGAGGAUCCAUCAGAUUCAGAGGGUGGAGGCUCUGAAGUGGAAAAUGUAGCAUCAGCAGAGGAAGGAGUGACAGUGACAGAGGGCGAAGAAAAGGACAAACAAAUAGAGGAGGAGCAGAGGGAAGUGGAGCCUGCCAUGUCCCAGUCCACCUCAGCUGUGAUGGACAGCACCUCCUUGGAGCUGGAGAGACGCAUCGACUUUGAGUUGCGGGAAGGCUUGGUGGAAAGUCGCUAUUGGUCAGCAGUGACCUCGCACACAGCAUAUUGGUGCUCUUAUGAUGUGGCUCUGUUUCUCCUCACCUUUAUGUAUAGACCACAAGAGCCAGCUGAAUCUGCAGAAGACAACCCAGACACCUCAUAACAUCAGUGCAGGGUUAUUAUGGAGUCGUCCUUCCUGGGUUCAAAUUCGCUUUCUGUUCACACCUUUUGAAACUGAAAGUGCAACUAAUGGUGAAUGAAAUUAAAUUACCUCAUUUUUCACUCUCUAAUUUCCUCAAAUAAUUUUGUGCAUCACACAAUUUUAAAAAUAUGAAAUCUAAAUAAUGGGUGAUUGAAUACAUGAUCAAAUAUUCACAUUGGAAAUAUGAUUCAUAAUUUAAAUUAUGGUUACUUUCUUGAUUGGUCAGUUUCUUCUCGUGGAUUCAUAUCAAUUUUUCAAUGUUGCAGGUUAACUUAUUAUGAAAGUAACUUAAGAAAUUAUGGUCCCGAUGAUAUCGAGUGACACUACUUGUUUUUUUUUAUUUUAUUAGCUGUUGACUUCCCCAGAGUUAGACUUAAACUUUGCAUCUCUGCUUGUGGCCUUGAGGCUAUGUUGUUGCAAAUUUUACAACACAAAAGUCUUGCACAAAAAUAUUGGUUAGUGAAGUUUCAUAUAAAUUUUGUCUGUAACACAUUUUCAUGUAUGAAUUUGCAUCAUGUACCCACACAUUUCAAGAUUUCGAUUUGAUUGGAAAUAAUUAAAUUAGAAUCGGUAGUCUUAUUUCCAUAUGUUGCUAUCAGAACAGAAAUGCUGCAAUUGAGUGAAGUGAAAAUGAAUUGAACCAGCAGAGACACAAGAACACACAAAUUGCGUACUUAGUUUGCAUGCCAUCUCACUUCAUCCUGGGUUACACACUGUAACAUCCAUGUGAUUUUUCCUCCAGACUGUGUACAGAGUCUUCCGUCAGCGAGGUGUUUACUCUUAAAACUUGCCACUGUGCUCUGGACUUCUCUCAGCAGUUGUCAAAGCCCUCCACUAUGUUUGGCUGUAUUAAUGAUGUUGUGCUUAUGGUUACUUGUUUGACCACAAAGCUCUGUAGGCCAGUGACUGUCAAUGUGCUACUGAAACAGUAGCACAGAGAAAAGCCUACUGGUUUUUGUGAGUCUAACCAUAUGCUUGCUAACAUGUUAAUAAUUGCUCAUAAUAAUUUCUUGUAAUCGUAUUGCAUCCUAUUCUAGAGAAGACUAAAAGGAAUUCUUUUUGCUAUACAGUGCAUUAGGCAGACGCUGAACCUCACAACUUGAAUACUUAGAAGUAAUGAGAAACAGUGAAUAUCUUGCCUUACCCUAACACUGUGUCUACAUAGGAGAUCAAGUGUAAGCAGCACGCUAGUAGACAGAAAAGUAGUGAAGGUGCUCAAUUCAUGUAAAAACAGUAUGUGCUUAGACAGUAUUGACAACUGGAGAAGACAGGAGCUUGAUUUGUAUAGCUAAAUUCCAUGAGAAUUUGCUACAAGACCAAUGUAGCAUUCCUACUGAACCAGGAGUCACCUGAAGUUGAGUUAUGUUGUGGCCAGUAUGGACAGGAAAGAUGAUUGCACGCAAAAAAUCUAUCCUUUAAUUUUUUUAAAAAAUCACUGGGAGCCUGAAAACUCUACCUUUAUAUCAAUCUACAUUUUAUUUUCAUGUUUACAUGGACUGAACUGCUGUGUCUAUCAGGAAUGAAAAGCAUUAUUCGCGGCCAAAUGUUUGGCUAGUUAUUCUUGUAGCUGUUACAGUUCUUACUCAGUGCGAGAGACAGCAUGAUAUUGACUGUAAUCUCUAUUCAAUAUUACAUGAAAAAUUGCACUUGAUUUAAUAUUUUAGUGUCUGUUGUACAAGAACUUAGCAAAUUGUCAGUCACAAAAGAUUGGUUCAGUCAAAAGUCAAAUUGAGUGACCCAGGUUGGAUAUCCACAGACAAAAGGUUAUAUCAGAGAAUAUGUUUUCCAUAAUGGUGGUAGAGCAGGUUGUCCAAUAAUUGCAAGGUUGGUGAUUCGAUCACUGCCCAUCUGCAUGCUAGAGUGUCUUUGGAUUAGGCACUGACCUGGAAGUUGCUACCAAUGGCGAGCAAGCACUUUGCAUGGCAUCUUUGCCACUUUUUGUGUGUGAAUGGAUAAAUGAAAAACACAUUGUAAAGCGCAUUGAGUACCAUGAACGUAAAAAUAUAUCAAUGAAGACAAUUCACACAUAUUUCUUCAAGUUUGCACAUUUAAUUUUUUUAAGGAAUUGAAGUUGCACUUCAGCCCAGGCCAAGCAUGAUAUAGCUAUGUGCAAUGAACAUUUGGACUUGGAUAAUGAAAAUAUGGAGACACGAGCAUGCAGAUUACCAUUCAGGACCUACUAACUCUACAAGGUGUCCAUUGUAAUCAAAUAACAAACUGAGAUACAUUUGACCGUGCCAUACCGAACACUUUUUUCUUUUUACAUUUUUGUUCAUUGUUUUGUUGUGAUACAUGUUUGCAUUAUUGUUUAUCUGUAAGAAUUUCCUGUACCUGACGUACACCGAUCAGGCAUAACAUUGUGACCACUGACAGGUGACGUGAAUAACACUGAUUAUCUCUUCAUCAUGGCACCUGUUAAUGGGUGGGCAUAUUAGGCAGCAAGUGAGCAUUUGUCCUCAUACUUGAUGUGUUCGAAGCAGGAAAAAUUACCCGGGGAACACAUGGCACCAGGAUGCACUAUGGGAAGAAGGGAAACCAUCAGAGGCAGUGCGAUGUUUUGGGCAAUGUUCUGCUGGGAAACCUUGGAUCCUUUAUCACGUACCACCUAACUAAGCAUUGCUGCGGAUCAUGUACACCUUUUCAUGGAAACGGUAUUCCCUAAUGGCUGUGACCUCUUUCAGCAGGAUACUGUGCCAUGCCACUAAGCAAAAGUGGUUCAGCAAUGGUUUGUGGAGCACAACAAAUUUGAGGUAUUGACUUGGCCUCCAAAUUCCCCAGAUCUCAGUCCAAUCAAGCAGCUGUGGGAUGUGCUGGACAAACAAGUCCGAUCCAUGGAGACCACACCUCGCAACUUACAGGACUUGAAGGAUCUAAUACGAUACGCCAGAUACCACAGCACACCUUCGGGGUCUAGUGGAGUCCAUACCUCGACGGGUCAGGGCUGGGCUGUUUUGGUAGCAAAUGGGGGACCAACACAAUGUUAGGCAGGUGGUCAUAAUAUUAUGUAAUACAUAAUUACUCCUGCAGGUGUAGAUGUGUUUUGUACCUACAAACCUUUCAAAGAAGAGAUGAGGAGAAAUUGUGUUGAUGAAUUUAUGACUCUUGAAGAGCUCUGCCUCCUAAAAUAGUUUGAAAAAAUACAGUUCAACAUAACUAAUCAUAAUAAGCUUCAACUGAAGCUUAUUAAACUACAAAAACAUCUUGCUGUCAACUAUUUCCAUAUGCAGUAGCACUGCUAUCUUAGGGGAUGUUCACUGUCUGGUAUUCAAGUUUUUUUUUUUUUUUUUUUUACAAAAACACUGAUAUUUAAAUUAUAAUUUUGUCGCUAGCAAUUGUCUCAUUUGAAUAUUUUAAUGUGAUAAUUCCUCCUCUGCUCCAAUUUCAUCAUACAAUGCCAACAGCUUACCAACAAAAUUUUGUUUCUUAUGCAUAUCUGACCUUGUUUGUGAUGUUCAUGUCUUUCUAGUAAAAAUUAUAAGAGCGAAUGAACAUAUCCUUCCGGCUGAGCAACUUACCAUUAUAUGUGCCAUACCUAAGAACACAAGUAUAUGCUCGAUAGAAUUGUUGUUAGCAAGCCAGACAUAUAUGUAACAUAUGUGAUGUUGUGAAGGUUUGUCUUUCUCCUUGAUGUGUCCAGAGCAUAUUUUUCUUUUUCUACUACACUGAAAAUGAAAUUGAAACAUUCUAUAUAUCGGCAUUCAGGGAAAAGAGGUGUCCAUAACACAUUCAGGAAAAAACAAAGUCUUUUGCAACCUCAUUGCUAAUGAACAUUGAAUUUCCAUUCGGGGAUUAAUGAAGUUAUUGUGUUGUACAUUUCUUCAUGAACCAAAUUAAUUAAUGACUGGGAUUGGACAUGACAGUAUACUGUUUACAUUUUGAAAAGUGCCAUUUUUUCAGUCAUACCUUUUUGUUAAAUUAGGUAUUUAAAUUUUGAGGCUGGUCAAAUUCUUUGGGGACUUCUUUGCAUCUACUUUCUUAAUUGAUUGAAAGUAAAAUGUGAUGAGUCUGACUUUGCACAUGAGGACACUGUCCUUUUGUUUUCAUGCUUACUCUUUCUACCUUCACUGUACUUUACCUUCUAGAGUGAUUUGGUUCUUUACCUUGAUAGAUCUUUGGUUUUUCAUUAAAAUAAAGAGAGGCUACACCGCCA